AUGCGCGCGUGGCGUGUUAUCUUCGUAACCCUCAUCGGACUACUCGUAACCAAUGACGCUGCGGCAGCCUCUAGCCCCAAGACACUCGCAGCUGGGCCUUUGAACUUCAAACAGUCUUCCUUUGAGAAUACGAAGAGAUUCCUGAGAAAGGAAAGCGCCGAGAGCAGCGGGGUUAUCGACGAAGAAAGAGGUCUCAAAGGAACUCUCGAGGCUGCUCGAAUCAGUCUCUUAAAGCUCAAGAUCCCUGGCUGGCUUGCUGCUGGUAAGGAUCAGACCGAUGUCAUCAAGAUUUUAAAGAUGACAUAUCCAUACGUCGACGACAAGAACUGGAAGGUAUUGAAAAGUUUCCAAAAAGCCCAUAGCAAGCUCCAACAUAGUUUGUACCCGGUUGGAAAAUGAUGCGGAUUCUCGAAGCUAUGAAGGUACGCGUUCAUUUUUUCCAGCCCAAUCGCGCCAUUCCCGUAUGAGAGUCGUAUGGUAACAACUUCCAUUAAUAUCAUCUAUACUCGUUUCGUUGUUUGUUUCCA